CCUCGUCAACCAAGCAAUUGCUGACUUGCUGUGCAGUGCAAUGCAGGGCAAUGACUUCCUUCCAUCACCUAUUGCAGUUUUCAUCAUGUGCUAUUCAGCUCCAAUCCAAUCCUUGUGGACCUCAAAACUUUCAACUGCCUGCCCUUUUUCCCUUCAAAAGAAAUCAGUCAGUUGCCUUUGCCAUCUUAAUUCUUCCCUGUUGCUUCCUGCUCCCAACUCGGCCGGUUUCCUUCCUUCUUUCCUACGAGUACUCCUAUAUCUAUCUAUAAAUAAACGUGGCAGGCAGCGCGCGCAAGAUUCAGGAUCAAGUUCAGAGCAAGCAACAAACACGAUCAUCCAUAUACUAGUAUGGCCGCCGCUAGGAUCGUCGCCUCCCGCUGCUUCGCCUUCGCCGACGAGCCCGCGCCCCCGGAGACGCUGAACGUGGUGUGCAGGCAGCGCCAACUCCUGCGCCGCGCUCUGCCUCGACCCCAUCGCCGAGGAGACCGACGACACGGGCGCCACCUGCGUCUCCUCGUCGCCUUGCCCUUUCGCGGCCGGCAGGUCCUGGGCCUCCAGCUCCGCCGCCCUGAUUUGGGUUGCUUUGGGGAUAUAUACUCCUACAGUAGUAUGAUUAAUACUCCUACACUAAGCUAGUAUGAUUACUAGCUUAGUAUCAUACUAGCUUAGUAUGAGGGAUGGAUGGCUCAGCUCUUUUUAUGUAUGUAUUCCGCUCGCUGAGAUGUAAGCAAUAUGUUUUUUGAUGGUUAUGUAAGCAAUCUGUUGAUGUUCAUCUGCGUGCAACCUGAUAUGGAAUUUGUCUGUAUAAUUGCAUCUGUGUCUCUGCUAUUUCUAUGUACUCCUAUGUUCACUACGUCGACUGCUAAUUGCAUCUGCACUUGAGCAAAUCAAGCUUUUUCUUUUUUGUUUUCCCACUGUCCAAGGCCUGCCUCCCAAAUGAGGGAAAUCCAACUCGGCCUCCGAUCUCCUCGUUCGUUCGUGUUCCCCGGCCUGCCUCCCAAAUGAGGGAAAUCCCCCCCUCAAACUUGCUCUAACCCCGCCCAAAACCUAGCAUAAACUUCUUCUCUUUUGUUUGUUUCAUUCAUUUGAAAAAUCAACCCUAGCAUAAACGGAACUGGAGGGAUGGUAAAGAAGGCCUCCGCCGCCCCCGCCGACGCCGAGGCCGACGAGCGCCGCCGCCUCCGCACGCUCGCCUUCUCCAACGGCCUCCUCCAGCGCGGCGACCCGCCGGCGCCACGGGCGCCACUCGCGCCGUCGGCUGCCGUCGCGCGCCUGCAGGGCCGCGACAUCGUGCGCCGCGGCGGCCAGCGUAAGAGCCGCUUCCUCUUCUCUUUCCCUGGCCUCCUCGCGCCUGUCGCCUCGGGCGGCCGCGUCGGCGAGCUCGCCGACCUCGGGACCAAGAACCCGGUGCUCUACCUAGAGUUCCCCCAGGGAAGGAUGAAGCUCUUCGGGACGCACGUCUACCCCAAGAACAAGUACCUCACGCUGCAGAUGACAAGAUCGGCCAAGGGUGUAGUCUGUGAGGACGUCUUCGAGAGCCUGAUUGUAUUUUCUGAAGCCUGGUGGGUUGGGACAAAAGAAGAUAACCCAGAAGAACUGAAACUUGAGUUUCCGAAAGAAUUCCAAAAUGAUGGUGUAGCAGCAGAAUGUGAUUUCAGAGGUGGAGCAGGUGCUGCCAUCGAUGAAGCAACUGCAUAUAAAGCUGGAAAGGAAAUCGCAGAACCCCGUUCCCCCAAUUUUGAAUCUGAUGGCGAUGCUUCUGACGAUUCAGAUCAAAAGGAUGGGAAUGGCACACAAUCUACAAGUGGAGCACCUUCAGUUAGACAGUCUGCUAGAAAUGCAGGGAAAGCCUUGAAAAAGUACACAGAUUUAUCUUCUGGUGGUGAUUCAUCUAACAGUGACAAUGAAGCUGAGGUACCUGAGGACUUGGAUGAGAAGGAGAUGGAGAGUUCAUCUGUUAAGAACGAAAGCCAAAGAGAAGACAUCAAACCUGCAGAUUUUUCAGCAAUGCCUAUCACUAGCAAGGAGCCUCUUGUUCAGGCUACUCUGUCUAGUAUGUUUAAAAAGGCCGAAGAGAAAAAGAGGUCCACAAGAAGUCCUAAAGGAUCCCCUGCAGCAAAAGGUCCUGCUGCUAAGAAGCAGCGAGCAAGUCCAAUGGCAAAACAGCCAGCAGGGAUUAAGAAAGCCAGCAGAGCUUGGAGAAAGCAAACACCAAAGGUGGAAGAUGAUGGAAUCGAAGAGCUUUCAAGUUCUUCCCAGGAUAAUGCUGUGGAUGAUGAUAGUGACGAGGACUGGGCUGAGUGAUGCUCUUUUAUGUGCACCGCAUAUUCACAUGCAUGGGUUGGUAAUCAGUGAAGAAUGCAGAAUGUAUGCAUGGUUGGAAGGAGGAGGGAUGUGAUUGGGAGGCACAAAACGCUGUAUCUUCAUCCAUUGACCUUAUCUGACGACUGAUAUAUAGUGUUGAUACUGUGCUGUUCUAUUUGUAAUUUGCAUGACAGAAGUUUGAGUUUAUGAAAUUGAUUAUAUAGUUACCGAUGC